CCCUCUGGCCUCGGUGCCAGAGAACUCUCUUCUGAAAGGUACUUCAAAUGGAGUUAAGGUGUGAGCCCCUCAUCACACACAGGCCACCUUCUCUACAGCUCAGUAAAGUAAUAUCAUGUAGGGGCACCUCGGCAUUUUAUCGGAAGCCGGUGGCAGCGCCAGAAGCCACUGGCUUUUACGACCUGCACCAAACACUGCUGCGGUUGAGUUGUUUUUCUCCUGUUUUCGGGAGAGCUGGAGGCUUACCCCGUGGAUAUCCUGGAGGAUGACCCCGAGGGCCAUCAUGCAGCAGCACAGGUUUACUAUGAGUUGCUCAGGGAAGGAGGAUCAGCCGAGGUUUUCUCCCUUGCCACCGGGGAGCAGGUGAUCUUGGGAUGGGAAGGCUUGCUCGUGGAAGGUGACGAAGGCUUCCAUUUCUGUAUUCCCUGAAUCCUGCUAAGUUGACCUCUGCUAACAGUGUCCUUUUGGUCAGACUUGAAACUCCGUUCCUUCAUUAUUGCACUAUGUACCGUGACGGACCUCGACAUAAAAUACUGGUUUUGGUUAAUCCCCAGGACACAAAGACAGUUGUGGCUGUCUACCUAAAGGAGUCCUGGUGGUCCGUCGAAGACGUCCUAAGAACUUCUGAUCCCGCCAGGGAAGGGCUCAUGAAGGUUCAGUCCUUCAGGGAAAGGAUUGUCCUUUAUGUUCUCAACACCAUCGUUUUUGGAAGACUGGAGAGAGAUCUGGAUGACAAUGACAUGUUUUUCUUACCUCCUCCGAAGGAGCAAGCUAAGAUUCUGUGGAGGGAUGGAGCGGCAGUUGGAUUUUAUUCAAUCAAAAUGAAAGGCAGCCUCUGUGGUACCGGCACCAGUGCAUGCUACCUGCUGCCUAUCUUCGAUACCGUGUUUGUACGGAGGAAGAACCAAUGCCAAGGCCUGGGGACAGCCAUGCUGAGGGACUUCUGUGACACCUUUUGAGAGGUUGAAGCCCUGGGUAUCAGUUGCCUGAUUUCUCCUGCCAUGUACAAAGUCCUCAUGCAGUUCCUGUUGGCCCAUCCAGGCGAGAGAGGGUGCUUGUGGGAGGUGGAGUCCCCAGGGGCCUGGGGCCAGCGUGUCAACAUCUGGCUCAAUAUUUGUCUUCAGGAGGCAAGACUUCAUGAUGGGAGCACAGUGCACCCCGCAGGUUCCGAAGAGGACACAGACACUCCCAGGCAGACUUCCCGGGGUGAUGGACCCACACCGGUCCAUCAUGGAGAAAGCCCUGAGGAGUGGGUCACUGCAGAACAGGAGACACAGGAUGACCAAGAAUGUGCCAAAGGAGAGGAGGAACCUGGGAUGCCCCUGAGACCCUCCUGGGAUGAGACGGAGGAGAAGGGAGCCAAGAGGACAGCGGCAGCCGCUGGGCUAGUUGACAGAGAGGGGCCAACUGUGAGGAGGCAGCACUUGCAGCUCCCUACAGGAACACUGAGGCCCCCGUUUGCAUGUGGGAUCUGUGAAGGAGACCCAGACCAUAGAAGUGGGCUGAGCAUCUGAGAGGCGCUCCACGUGGGACCCCACUCAUCCUUAACAUGUGGUUCGUGUGC